AGCCCCAAAAUGCUAACACACAAAAACAAUCAAGGUGGACGAAAGAAAAUGCAAGUUGCAUUUGUUAUACGGGAUGCGGAAGAAAAGCGACACCGGAAUGGAGUGAAUGCGCUACAACUGGACACUAUCAAUGGACGGCUCUAUUCGGCUGGCAGGGACGCUAUCAUUCGCUUGUGGAACUCGACGCAAACUACCUCCUCCGAGCCGUAUAUUCAAAGCAUGGAGCACCAUAAUGAUUGGGUGAAUGAUAUCGUCCUGUGCUGCGGCGGUCGUAACUUGAUAAGUGCGAGUUGUGAUACCACAGUGAAGGUUUGGAAUGCACACAAAGGUUUCUGCAUGUCGACACUGCGUACGCACAGGGAUUACGUACAGGCGCUAGCAUACGCCAAGGAUCGCGAGCAGGUGGCCAGUGCUGGAUUGGAUAAGGCCAUUUUCCUGUGGGACGUCAACACACUAACAGCAUUAACUGCCUCCAACAACACAGUAACAACGUCCAGUAUAUCGGGAUCGAAAGAUUCAAUCUACAGCUUAGCAAUGAACCCAUCCGGCACGAUCAUUGUGAGCGGAUCGACGGAAAAUACGCUCCGAAUUUGGGACCCCCGGACGUGCAACAAGAUAGCGAAGCUAAAAGGGCACACAGAAAACGUGAAGGCACUGAUUGUGUCGGAAGAUGGCACGCAGGUCGUGUCUGGCAGCUCGGAUGGGAAGAUAAAGCUGUGGAGCAUUGGGCAGCAACGUUGCAUUCAAACGAUAAGCGUGCAUUCCGAAGGUGUCUGGUGUUUGCUGAUGACGGACGGCUUUUCGCACGUCAUCUCCGGCAGUCGGGAUCGUAAAAUUAUCAUGACGGAAUUGCGCAAUCCGGCCAACAGUGUGCUGAUCUGCGAGGAACAAGCGCCCGUAUUAAGCAUGUGCUACAACAUCGAUCAGACCGGUGUGUGGGCCACUACCUGGAACUCGGACAUACGUUGCUGGAAGCUCCACAAGACGGAUAAGCUGUGCAACUAUAGCUAUUCAAACAGUUGCAGUAGCAUUAACAAUGGUAGUGGAGAUAUUGCAUCCGCUUCGGCUGCUGCAACACCAGCGUCUAAUAGUAGACCGGCGACGUCUGGUGUACCGGCGGGAAGUGUCACUGCUAACGCGGGAAAAGGAUACGAGGUGGCGUGCAUUAAAGGAGGAGCCGCCAUUAAGCGAUACCACGUGCUGAACGACAAGCGAUUUAUGCUCACACGCGAUACGGAUGAGAAUGUGGCAAUCUACGAUGUGUUGAAGAUAAAAAAGGUCGAAGACCUUGGGAAGGUGGACUUUGAGGAGGAAAUCAAAAAACGUAGUCAACGAAUUUAUGUGCCGAAUUGGUUCAUGGUGGAUUUAAAAACUGGUAUGCCAAUGAUAGUACUAGGACAGGAUGAGAUCGAUUGUUUUGCGGCUUGGGUGUCGGCGGAGGCUGGUCUUCCCGAACACGCGGAACCAGGUUCGGAUCCCAAGGUGAACUAUGGCAGCUUAUUACUGCAAGCAUUACUCGAGCAUUGGAGGCCUGCACCACCGCACCAUCACCUGCAGGGUGGUCCGGUGGAGUUGGAAAAUGGAUGCGAUGGCGAUAUUCGUGGCAAUGAGUAUUUUAGCGUGCCGAAACAUACGCCAAUUAUCUUUAGCGAAGUUGGUGGAAGAAAUGUGUGCCGGUUGCUGGUGAAAGAUGCGGCCGGCGAAACGGAAAGCGCACUGCUUAAUGAUACUGUCCCGUCGUGGGUAACAAAUGUGGUUAUCGAUAGAACGCUGCCCAAGUUCAUUAAGCUUCCCUUCUAUCUGCUGGCACAUCCGUCAAUGUUGAAACAGGAUCGCAACAAGAAGGAACGAUUGAUAGCGAACGAGUUCAUUCAAUGUCGGAAGGUGUGUGAGCAUGUGCUGGAUAAGGUGUUGGGGUCCGAUUUGCCAACGGCAGGAAGCACUGGUAAUUCAAACUCGUCGCAAAACAACAGCCAAAGUGAUGGUAAUUCCGAAAGCAGUCAGAUACCGGCCGAGGAAAGGAUAGAGUUGCUGUGUAACGAGGUGCUCUGUGAUCCCAAUAUGGACCUUCGUACGGUGAGGCAUUUCAUUUGGAAGCAAUCGUCAGAUUUAACUUUCCACUAUCGAACGAAAUUCAACUAAAAGGUGGCACGCAUGUACCGCUUACCAACAUCAUGGAUGUUAUGUGACACGAUAAGCAACAACAUGUAUUGUUUUGUAGAUCUUUCGCGCCAUGUGAUGGAAGAUUGUAAAAAAAAGAGAUAGUAAAGCUACAGUAUGCAAUAGUCAGAAAAAUAAAUGGCUUUUCCACACAAUC